AUGAUCAUGAGAGGAUUGUCGUUAACAUCAAUUCGAUCAAUGCGGCCGCUGACCCUGUGUUCUCAUGUCAUUUCUCCUAUCCACAUAACGCGCAUGCCAACCCGUCGCGUCUUUGCUAGCACCGCGUCCAGAUCAACACCCACAGGUGACGAUCCCAAUCCCAACUUCUUAUAUGAACCCCUCGAAGGUGUGGAGAGAAUUGAAUACUAUUGUCCAGGAGGCUAUCACCCAAUACAACUUGGUGAUCACUUUCAUGGCCGAUACCGGAUAAUACAUAAGCUAGGACACGGCUCCUACUCCACCAUAUGGCUAGCCCGUGAUGAGCAGAAUAAUGAGUAUGUUGCAGUGAAAGUCUGCACAGCCGACUCAAAUCCCAAAGAGGCGGGUAUUUUAGCCAGUCUCACGCAUCCGCAUCAUCUUGCGACCAAUCAUCUGGGCAAAACAAUGCUUCCGUCGAUUCUAGAUACAUUCACCAUCCAUGGUCCAAACGGAGAGCACACUUGCUAUGUUACCUCUCCGGCAAGGGCUAGCCUCUCCGACUUGAAAGAUGGAUCAUGGGUCCGCUUAUUUCAGAUUAAUGUAGCCCGGGCUUUGACUGCACAACUAGUUCUGGCGGUGGACUAUGUGCAUGCCCGAGGGUUCAUCCAUGGAGACCUUCACAUGGGCAAUGUCCUGCUCAAAACGCCACCCAGCUUUGAUCAGCUCUCACCCGAAAAACUAUAUGAAAAGUAUGGAGCGCCCGAGCUCGAUCCGGUGAUUCAUCUGGAUGGCAAACCGCUUCCUCCUGGUGUUCCAUACCACGGCAUUGCACCCAUCUGGCUUGGAGAACCAAGCGAGAAAAUCACACUUCCAGAGGCAAGAAUCCUACUUACAGACUUUGGCGAGGCCUUUUCCUCCAAAGAAGCAAAGUAUGAAUCUCACACUCCGCUCGUCAGUCGUCCUCCUGAAGCUCGCUUUGAACCAAAUAAACCACUGUCAUUUUCAUCAGACAUAUGGUCUCUUGCCUGCACCAUUUGGACUAUUAUUGCUCAGAGGCCACUUUUCGAAGGAUUUCUCUCAACGGAAGACUACAUGACCCGUGAGCAUGUAGACACUCUAGGUAUCUUGCCUCCCGAAUGGUGGAACAGAUGGGACGCGCGACCAGACAAUUUUACCGAGGAUGGGAGGCCAACUAAGCGGAAUCCAUAUCGCUCUUGGGGCGAUCGAUUUGAGGAUAGUGUGCAGCUGCCUAGACAGGAAGUAGGAAUGCCUUUGUUUGAUGCAGAAGAGAGGGAUGCUAUCUUUGCGAUGCUGCGGCCAAUGUUUGCUUUUAGACCGGAACAUCGAAGCACGACGAAGCAAAUUCUUGAAUCGGAGUGGAUGGUGAAGUGGGCUUUGCCGGAGUAUGAGAAGAUUCGGAAAGGGGAGUAG